UCUGCUGCUACGCUCGUUUUCGCAGCUCUUGCUGCUGCUGCCCCAGCACCGGUCUCUGACAUUGAGAAGCGUCAAGCUGUCAACGACGGUGUCAUCCUCAACUACGCUCUCACCCUUGAGCACCUCGAGAAUGCCUUCUACAAGCAGGGUCUUGCUCAGAUUUCUGCCGAGGACUUCUACAAGGCCACCGGCGACAAGAUGUUCUACAACAACCUGAAAGAGAUCUCCAAGGACGAGCAGACUCACGUCACUUUCCUCUCUGGCGCUCUCACGGCUGCCGGUGUCACGCCAACUCAGCCAUGCACAUACAGCUUCGGCUUCAAGGAUGCAUCGACCUUCCUUGCCAUUGCCAACGUCCUCGAGGGUGUCGGUGUCAGCGCCUACCUCGGUGCCGCCCGAUACAUCAUGAACAAGGACUACCUCACCGCAGCGGGCUCCAUCCUCACCGUCGAGGCCCGCCACUCUGCCUACCUCCGUGAGAACCAGAGCCCAGCUCAGUCUCCAUUCCCAGCAGCCUUCGACAUCCCACUCGACUUCGACGAGGUCUACUCCCUGGCCGCUCAAUUCAUCAAGAGCUGCCCAGCGAGCAACCCCAAGCUCCCAGUCGUUGCCUUCCCAGCCAUCACCGUCUCUCCAGCUGGCGUUGCCAAGCCAGGUGACAAGCUGUCCUUCACCGUCGCCAAGAGCGUCGAUGCUAAGGCCGCAUAUUUCAUCACUUCCAUGGGCCCAGUCUCCGCUCAGCUCUCCGGCUCCGGCAAGGACUACACCGUUGUCGUCCCAUCCGGCGCUCAGCCAGGUCAGGAAUACGUCGUCCUCACCAAGGACUCUAACAAGCCAACUGACGACAACAUCGUCGCUGGUCCAGCUGUUGUUCAGGUUGCU